AUGGACACUAUUGUAUCUAAUCUACCAAUGGCUAUGGGAUCCGACGAACAGCAAGUCCUACAUCCCUUUUUCCGACAAGAAUUCGGACUAUCUGUCAAAUCUACGCCUCCCAAUGCCCUGUCUUCGACGACGAAUACCCACCCGAACGCGGCCACACCGAGAAGCAACGAGAGCUCAGCUUGCGAGCAAAGGCAGCAGAGCAUCCCGGAAUUUGAUAGCAAUGCUUCCCAAUACGCAACCGAAAGCUCUAAUGGCAUCGAAGAAGAUCCCAACGAGAGUCGUAGGAAGAGACGAAAGACCGACAAAAGCCAACCUGCGGAUCUCACGGUUACCCCUAAUGCAAGCCUUUCAACGUGGCUCGGUGGUGGCAUCCCUGACCCUAUAAUAACAUCCACCGAGACUCUGGAUACACAAGUCAAUUUGCCUGCACCUCAGAUUCAGCCUCCGCUGGCAGAGCCCCAGCUUUCUGCAGAUGCUCCAGUUUCGACACCAAUGGAAUAUGACAAACCAGAAGAGCGAACCGGAAGAACAUCAGCGAGGCAGAAGACCCUGAAACUCAAUUCAAAGGGGAGGUUUCUCUCGUCGCCUGCCUCGAGUCCUCCUCGAGAGACGAAGAAGAAGGGGACAGGCAAGCGUGGAAGGCCACCAAAAGAACGCUCAAAACUAGUAAUCAUCAAGUAUAUGGUUGAUGCAGAGGUCAAGACUGGAGAACUUAUUGAUAGCAUCCUCAGUGGAACCUUAGUUCAUCGUGCUCCGGUCCCAGUUGCCAAACCUACUUUACCAUCACGCAAGCCAGCAACGAUUAAAUCCUCGAAACCAACCCAUCCGUUCUUUGCGAAGAAACCGACGCAGAAGACUGAUGCCCAGAGUGCCGCCGACUCGAAACAAGAACCGCAAGAUGGAUCAGGCCAAAGAAGAGCCGGGAACGCGGAAAUCAAGAGACGAGUAGUAGCCGGUUCGAUGCCUUCCUUCUCUACAGUUGGUCGCCGCGUGUCCAAGUUUCCUGGGCUACUCGACUCAUUAUGGCCGCCGCAAGAUCUUGUGCACAUUAGAGACGUUUACCCGCCGACAAACAUCAUAGACACAACGUGGCAGACCGCGAACGAUCAGAAGAAGUCAAAAAUUGCCGCAAUAUCAAUCAGGGAUGAGGAAAACGUGCUGCUCACUGGGACUGCGGAGGCAAGAGCAGCCAUACAGCAAUCCGAAAACCAGCAAUACGCUAUCCGCUCUCUUCGACACCCCAUUCGACAUGUUGCCAGCAAUCAGAUCUUGCGUACCGCAAUGGACAAGCAAAUGUCUUGGUCUUCUCCAAACCCUCAUCUUCCUUGGAACGCUUCCAGUCCACCUCUCGCCAAGAUUGGAACCUCUCUUCUCUCUUCAGUCUCGGCAUUCGAUUGUGGAAAAUAUGAGACCCAGCUUUGGACACAGAAGUAUGCCCCAAAAGCGGCAGAGGAAGUCCUUCAGCUUGGCCGUGAACCGCAGAUGCUCCGAGACUGGCUACGCCAUCUCACAAUCACAGCGGUAGACACAGGAAAGCCAUCGAAAGACACUACCAAAUCUAAAAGCAAACGAGACAAGAAGCGAAAGAAGCGACAAAAAGCCGAUAAACUUGAUGGCUUCAUCGUCUCAAGCGAGGAGGAAGCCUCGGAGAUGGACAAUUUGUCCGGCUCCGACGAUGAGCUCGCUGGGGGUGUAACUCAACGGACUGUGGUUAGAUCGGGUGAUAUGGCGGCAGCAGAGAAAACUCAAAUGACCAAUGUGAUUCUUCUCAGUGGCCCUGCAGGUUGCGGCAAGACUGCUUCUGUCUAUGCUGUGGCAAAGGAGCUUGAUUUCGAGGUCUUUGAGAUCAACCCGGGAAGCCGUCGAAGUGCCAGGGAUAUGUUGGAACGAGUGGGCGACAUGACACAAAACCAUCUGGUCCAUCUCCUCAACGAAUCUGAAAAUCCAACAGAAAACGUCAAGGAUGACGGGAAACAGAACAAGUUGAUGAGCUUUUUCCAGGGUCCGUCAAAACCUAAACAACCUGAUACCCAACCCGAACCACUCCCGAAACCAGAGGCAGAUCCAAAACGCCCACGACAACAGAAACAAUCGCUGAUCCUGCUCGAAGAAGCGGAUCUACUUUUUGAAGAGGACAAACAGUUCUGGACCGGAGUCCUUACUCUCAUUGCCCAAUCACGACGACCAAUUGUCAUCACCUGCAAUGAUGAGAGCUUGAUCCCCACCCAAGACAUGUCGCUACAUGCUGUCUUACGCUACCAAAAGGCCCCUCAAGAUUUUAGUGUCGACUACUUGCUUCUCGUUGCCGCCAACGAAGGUCACAUCCUGAAGCGGGAAGCCGUUACCCGCCUAUACCAGGGCAGUGGAAUGGAUCUCCGAAAGUCUUUGAUGGACCUCAAUUUCUGGUGUCAGAUGGGUGUCGGCAGCGAGAAGUCCGGUCUAGAUUGGCUCCUCCCUGCAUGGCCACCCGAGUCAAACGUUGACUUUAGCGGGGAUCGAGUUCGGGUGCUUAGUCUGAACACCUACGAACGAUUUAUGGGAUGGUUCAACCGCGAUUUACUCAUGAAUGAGGACUCAUUGGGGAAGGAAGCAGAAAUCAACCGAAAUACCUUCCACUGGUGGGGAUUGGGUCUUCAAGAAUCAGAAGACAUGGGUGGCAGAAGUGAAGUUGAGCUCAUGCCACCUACUGAAUUCCAGUCGAGCUCUAAGACGGCACAACUUGACAUGUUGUGUCGUGAAUCCGAUUACUAUGAGAUGAGAAGCUCAUUGGAUAUCCUUUGUUCUAGCUGCUCGAUUGACAUGAACAACGAUGGCAUUGAUAUCUCCGCACCACCUCUUCCGGAAAGGCACCGAUCUAAUUUCCUCGACACAUACCCGCUCCUCCAAUCCGACCUGCAAAUCGAACAUUCGUCGCUCAGUGAAGCCGUCAGCACCACAUUCGAUGCCUUGCUGAGCCAAACCUUCCGUCCUACGACCAAAACAGACCUUGAAUCAUCAUACGCCAGUCGAAUUGUGGGCAAGAUCGUCCGGUCUGGACAAUUUCAAAACACUCCUCCAUCUACCCUCCCUCAAUUCCAGCGUAUCUUCGAAACCAUCAUGCGCCCCAAUUAUUCCAUGCCUGGCCCCGCUAGAUCCGCCCCGUCAUUCGAGAAUGGACUGGCAGCCGUCACAGAAGACCUGGCUCCAUAUAUCCGAGGAAUUAUGGUCUUCGACGGACGCUUACACCAAUAUCGCCAGCAGUUGUAUGAACUUACAGCACAACAGCACCGCGGCGAGAAACGAUCACGAACCACACGAGCCAGCCGCGCCGCCCUCGAAGGAGGUGAUAAAUCCUCCACACGCAAGGAGAGAUGGUUCGCCACCGACGCGCCCUAUUAUCAAAUCCAAGCCACGGCAGGACCGGAGUGGCAACAUGUUUUGUAUCAAAUGGGGUACUUCCAUGUCCAGCCCAUGAUCGAGCCAAGUCCGGAGACCAGCGACCCAAUGUCUAUCAACCAGAUCAUUGAGAAUAUCGAGUGA